AUGAAUGGUGUGAUUUGGAGCAAAACGCAAAAGACUUUUGUGCCAAUUUCCAGCGUGUCGACUUAUGCGAUAAUGCAACAAGAACGCUUCAAACAAAGUCGAGCACUCGAGAUCCACAAUUUUCAACUACAAAACUUUACUUUAACAUCUUUUCAGGAGCCGCAUUUUCUUCAUUUUUAUAAUAACAAUACAAAAAUUACGGGACUCUGUGGGGAAAUAUGGAAUCUACUUUCGGAAUCAUUAAACUUUACAUUACAACCAAUGAAAGCAAAUGUAAAUGAUUUAGGUAUGCCAGAAAAAGACAGAUCUUUUAAAAACGGAUUAUUAGGUAUUAUUUUUCGCAAUGAAACUAUGGCAAUACCAAAGUUAGAAACAUUUAUAUCGCGACUUGUGGCUACCGAAUUUUCAGUACCUUUUUGGAUAAAUAGCGAACACAUAUUUUACAACUUUGGAAACUUCUGUAAUCAAGGCUAUAUUCCUGAGUAUCUCAAUGGAAAGUCGAGAAUAUUAGAAGUAUCGUUGGGAUUAUUUUGUUCUAUGAUAUGCACGUCAUUUGGUGCUGUGUUAUUUAUGUUUUUAUCGAAAAGUGGUUUUGUACCACCAUUUGAUAAAUUUGAAUCUUUGGUGUAUAAUACUAAGUUCAGCGUUCUCACUUUGAAAGAUUCGAUAGGAGAGACUUUGUUUAAGGUACUUACGACAGAUUCAAUAGUACGAGCAAAAAACUCAAAUCGCUUAAUCGUAGUAUCAACACUUCAGGAAAUGCAUAUAAAGAUAUGCUCCUUGCCAGAUAAAUAUGCCAUGUUUCAAAACGAAGAAAUGCAUAAAGUAAAUGGCGAGAUUAAAUGUCAUUUGAUUAACAUUGGAGAAGAAUUUAUUAGAACAUGGGUAACUUCCGGCAUCGUAAGGAAUUUUAAAUACAAAAGAACCAUCGAUGUUGGGAUACUUAAAUUAAUAGAAGUUGGACUAUUGAGCGCAUUGAAAGAUCGUUGGAUGAAAAAUAAAUUUAAACAGUAUGAAGACGACCAGAAACCGAAACCAAUUGAAUUACAUCAAGUUUCUUUAAUAAUUGUGAUGAUGUGCUGUGGUGCGAUUAUGGCACUUGUUAUUUUUAUAAUUGAAAAAAUUGUAUUUGCUUAUAAAGUAAAGCAAUUUUAA